AUGAUUGCCCAACAGAUCCUGCGAAGUGCCGGCGCCGUGUUCCCUCCGGAGCAGCUUUGCAACCAUACUACCCCAGGAACCGAAAGACUUUCGUUUCCGGGAAGCUCCUCGACAAGGCAACAAUACCCUAUCGGAUCGCUAGAUGAUACGAGAUGGCUGACGAUGUUCAGCUUGAGCAUGGUGCACCUCACACCUACUGGAGUAUAA